GUAAGACAUUAAUAGAGAAAAUUACAACUAAAAUCCAGGGGUGGCAACCGAAUCUUCUUUCUUAUGCACGAAAAUUGGAAUUAAUGAUUGUUGUCCUGACCAGCAUGACGCAAUUCUCGACGAAGGUUAUUUUACUUCCUAAGAAGGUACGUAACAAGGGAAAUCGAGAGACUCUGAUCCCAGAUUCUUUGGGGUAAUAUGGAGAAGAAGAAGAAGAGGGCUAAGGUUUCCUUGAAGAUUGUUGCUCUUCCUCGAAAUGAGGGUGGAUUAGGAUUUAAAGAUCUCUGCUCAUGGAAUAGAGCAUGUCUUGCAAGGCAUUUAUGGGGAGUACUUUCUGACCAAGAGAUUCUCUGGAUAGCAUGGCUGAAAGAAUACAGGCUUCGUAAUCUAAGCGUAUGGGAAGUGCAGACAGGUGGCUCGUGGGUAUAGAAGAAUGUUUGAGCCCGGGCGACUGGGCGUCACUCGGGUCCAAGGGGUUUGGGGCGUCAGCCAUGACCUUGAAGGGGUAGGCGCCCCGCCUCGUCCGAAGCAAGAAAAGAGAAGGAGUGUAUAGAGAGAGAAAGUAGGGAGAAGUAGUAGUAAGAGUAGAUAGAUUGCCAUUUAUGAGGAGAGAACUCCUAUUUAUACACAUUUGAGGGUUAGGUAGUGGUCUGGGCGCCUGCCAAGCCAUAAAUGCUCUGGUCGGGCGCCUCAGACCUUCUGACACUGUUCAUAGUCCUUUUUGGCAGAGGGUGUCCCCCUGUCCCUUGUCCUUGCUGAUGUCAGGUGCCUGGCCUUGUCUCUUGUCUCCCAGCCUUGUCUUUUUCCUCUUGUCUUCUUUCCUUCUCCAUGCCAUUAGCCAUGGUAUUAAUUCCUUAAUUACUAUGAUACCCUAUCAAUUGCCCCUUUGACGUCGGUAUGAGUAUCAUGGUGGCGUCAACAUAAAGUGAGUUUCACUAACCUUGCUUUCUCGUCUUCACAAUCAAGUGCCAGCUCUCUUUCUUUAGUUAAUCGGCACCAGGCUCUUCCUUUCAAGUGGGUGCUUCAUUCCCUUAUUGAUCUUCUGAUCUGUUGAGCGCUUAUUAGGGGUGGGCGUUCGGUCGGUUCGGUAACAUGCCGAAUUUCCGAAGUACCCAGCACCCCAACCGAAUUCGAACCGAGCUAUAAUUCGGUUCGGUUCAACCGAACCGAAGUAUAUCUCGGUUCGGUUCGGUUUGACUGCCCAAAACCGAAAUGAUCACCUGCUGCCUUAUCUCAAACGAGCCCCACUUUAAUCCCUCACCCCAAUCUCUUUCUACUCUCUCCUCCAUCAAUUAAUCCCUCACCCCUGCAUGCUCUCCCAUAUCACCCUCUUCAAUCCAUCCAUCUCUCUCUCUGCUAAAACAACAGGCCAUCAAUCCACCCUUACCAAGCACUCCGCCGCCUAGAGCACUCCGCCGCGCAGAUCGCAAUGAGCUCCCUCCGUCACCGGGCUCGCCUUCUCCCCAGAUCAGGAUCACUAAGUUCGCCGCUCGCCCAUUUUGAUGAAGAGGAAGCAGUGGCAAAGAAGGAGUUCGUUUUUCACGAUGAAGAAGGAGCUGGGUAGUGGGUACACCGUUUGAGGUUUCGAGUGAUCGAGAGAGAGUGAGAGACGGUCGGUGGUGGUGAGUGGUGAUUGUGGUGAGCGGCGGACGAGAGGGAGAGACAAAGGGAGAGAUAGAUCAUAGAUGGAAUUAGGAUUAGGUUUUUUUUAUCUCGGUUGCUGGGCUUGGCCCUCAGCUGGGCUUCUUUAAUUUGUUGGGCCUGGCAGGAUGUGGUAGUUGGGUAUGCAAUUUCGGUUUAUCGGUUCGGAACUCGGAAUUUCGGGUUCGGUUGGCAUACUCUGUAUUCCGAAUUAAGAGUAUUUCCUUUCCGAUUUCCGAUCCGAACAGUGAGAAUUUCGGUUUCGGUCGGUUUGACUUCGGUUCGGUUCGGUAAAACCGAACCGGAUGCCCACCCCUAGCGCUUAUGCACCCGUGUGGGUGUGCUUGCUUCCAAAUAAGAUGUAGUAAAAUGAGGAAGAAUAAACACAUGUCUCAAGUAACGGAGACUAUUAAAAGAAGCAAUCAUGCCCCUUUUAUCAAGCGCCUGACGCUUGCAUUCUUCCGUUCUUCAUCAAUUAUUUCCUAAGUGACUACUCUUUCAUCUUAGAGGAUGUGCCUACGCUCGUGUUAGAGUAUUCAAUCUAUCUUGACAAUCAAAUGAAGUUGAAACAAACUUGUCAGUUUUCCUUUGACUGUGCCUUGCCCAUUUGAAACGAGCGCCUAGCGCUCUUUUCCCAUUUUUUUUUUCUUUUUGCCAAAAGAUACCACUGAUAUUCAAAUGCUUUCCAUUCAUUGUCUAAGAUGCUCCAUUUUUCUUGCGAUUACUUGUGCUCUUUUAGAAGAGUGCUUGCUUCGAUUCUUUGGCUAAGCACUGGUCAUCCAGCUUGUCGUUAGUUUCCCUAAGACCCAAACUCAACGAGGUGUUUGGUGACUCGCUCCUUUGCCAAUGUGUCUGACCUUCAGUUGGGCGCCUGACAUCUUACUCCUUAGCGAGGUGCCUGACCUUCAGUUGGGUGCCUGGCGCCUCACUCCUUCGCUUAUGUCUUUGGUAAGCAUUUGUCACCCAGCUUGUCGUUUGUUGCCUUAAGACCCAAAGUCAACGAGGUGCCUGGUGACUUGCUCAUUUGCCGAGAUGCCUGACCUGACACCUCACUCCUUCAGCGAGGCGCCUGGCACAACACUCCUUCAGCGAGGUGCAUAACCUUUCAGCGGUGUACAUGGCGACUUGCUCCUUUGUCGCGGUGUUUGACAUUUGAUAGGAUGCCUGACACCUCACUCCUUCGGUGAGGUGCCUGGCGACUCGCUCAUUUACAUAGGUGUCUGACAUUCAGUUGAGCGCCUGUCACCUCACUCCUUCAACGAGACGCCUGACAUCACACUCCUUUAGCGAGGUGCCUAACUUUCAGUGGUCGCCUGGCACCCUGGCACCUCACUCCUUCAGCCAAGCGCCUGCCACCACACUCCUUCAGCGAGGUGUCAACCUUCAGCCAGGCGCCUAACCUUGAGUGGGGUGCCUGGCACCUCACUCCUUCCCCCGGGCGCCUUCAGCCAGGCGCCUAACCUUGAGUGGGAACAUGGUGACUUGCUCAUUUGCCGAGGUGUCUGACCUUCGGUUGGGCACCUGGCACCUCACCUUACUCCUUCAGCGAGGCGCCUGGCACCACACUCCUUUAGCGAGGUGCCUAACUUUCAGCGGUGUACAUGGCGACUCCUUCAGCCAGGCGCCUUCCGUCAGGGGCGCCUGGAACCUCACUCUUUCAGCCAGGCGCCUGACACCACACUCCUUCAGCGAGGUGUCAACCUUCAGUGGGCGCCUGGCACCUCAUUCCUUCAGCCAGGCGCCUAACCUUGAGUGGGGCGCCUGGCACCUCACUCCUUCAGCCAGGCGCCUUCAGCCAGGCGCCUAACCUUGAGUGGGAACAUGGUGACUCUCCUUUGCCGAGGUGUCUGACCUUCGGUUGAGCGCCUAACACCUCACUCUUUUAGCGAGGUGUCUGACCUUCAGUGGAGCGACUGGCUUCUCAUUCCUUCGUCUAUGUAUGAUACUAACAACUUAGAACCUUACUCUUGUAAGUCUAACAUUACUUGCUUUGGUUUAUUUGAGCGUACAGGCGCUUCAAUGAGGUGCCUGGCGACUCGCUCCUUUGUCGGGGUGCCUGACCUUUGGUAAGGCACCUGACACCUCACUCCUUCAGCGAAGUGCCUGACCUUCAGUGGCAGGAUGUCUGGCACCCCCACUUCUUUGCUUGUUUUCCUUUGUUAAACUUGUUUUAAAACGAGGAUAGGCUAAUGGGUGAACGCUAAUGGGUGAACGUCCAAUCACCCCUUGUGAGACUUUUUCAAUGUCAAGCUCUUCCUCAAGCUCUUCCACGCAUCGAGGUGAGUUUCGCCACUUUUUUCGGUCGGAGGCGCCACCUCCCUUCUUUUAGGCGCUUUGGUUUCUUAAAUGGACGAAGACAGAUCUGAUUUGGCUGCUCUUUUCCAAUUGGGGGCGCCUCCUUCCUUACUUUUCGCUAUGCGCCUUUGCUUCUUGUUAAACGGUAGAUACCUUUCGCCUUCUUUCUCCUAGGCGCUCCCCCCUUGAAGGCUCUCAUCGGCGCCUUUCGCUUUGACCAUUUCUGUCGGGCGCCUCACUCCGUAGAUUAGGUACGUUUUAACUCGGCUGUUCGAAGAGGAACAUUCGCUCUUUAUUUUGUUUGAAACAGAGGCGCCUCCGAAAGUCGGGCUCAAUCAUACUGCUAUGUAGUUUUCCGCUGAAGAUGCCGCCUGCUCUCCCCUGCUGGCCGGCGCCUCCCCUUCUUCCUCCUCUCGGCGCUUUUGUUUCUAACUGUUUCUGCUUCCUUCCUUUGCAAAAGUUACCUCUCCAUAAUUGUUAUUUGUUGGGAGUUUCCCCUUCCAGCUCGUUAGGUGCUUUUGAGACGCAUCAACAAGUAAGCGCCGCCCUUCGUUAUUGCUAUGCGUUCUUUCAAUUGAAGGUGCCGCCUUCUAGUUUUCUCAUCUUACUGCUUUGGCAGGUGUUACCGAGAGCUCCCCUCCGAUCCUUUAGGCGCUCUUGCCUACCAACAUAGGUAGGCUUUGCCCCUCGUAUUUUCGAACGUCAUUCCUUGGAUUUUGCUAAGAGCCUUACUUUGUUUAUCGCUCUAUGAUACUUGCACCUGUUUAUAAUGCAGGUUCAGCCUCAAGGCGUCUUAAGGCGCCUUUCUCCUAGCAGUUACGGGUCGUGAUAGCGGGUUUUUUGCCUGCACGGUACCGGCUUCAGCGUUGCACCUGUUUCUCUUCCAAGACUCGCUUCUCUGCACACCUUUCACUCCUUGCUAUGACAUCCAAUAAUUCCCAACCCUCUGCUUCUAUGGGUGGCGCCUCGGAUGGUGGCACCUCCGACGACUCUAGCUCUUCCGAUGAUGCUUCGAGCAAUUCGGACUAGUAGAGUUAGGGUAUCUUUGUUCCAUGUUUGGACGAUGCUGACUUGCUAAUGCGCCUUCUGUUUAGGCGCCUUUUGCUUACUUUGUCCUGGAGCUUGCCUUCAGGGAAUGUUUUAAUUUCGUUGUUGAACAUUGAUCUCAUAAUUCUGAUGACUCUCCUCCUUAAGAAACUCUUGUUCUUUUG